ACAGCUUACACCUUUUUUGUUUUUGUUUUCUUUGUCUCAGCACACCAUGUUUCGUCGCCGUGCUUCAAGACGCCUCCCUUCACGCGUCGUGCUAAUCGCCGCCUUUCUCACAACACUCUUUCUAUGGCGUCAAUUAUCGCAUCAGAGCGGCGUGGUGUUUGUAAAGAGCUCUUUUGACUGGUCGACUGUGGGGCUUGUCCAUCCGCCGGCGGAUAUCAAGCCUUUACCUAUUGGUCACGCAAAGCGUAUGCCGAGAAUUCAAGCUGAGAAGGGGAAAUUUGUAAAGACGGGUGAGGUCGAGAAGAGGAGAGAUGCUGUGAGGAGAGAGUUUAGGAGAGGGUGGGAGGCGUAUAGGUUGAAGGCUUGGGGGAGGGAUGAGUUGAUGCCGCUGACGGGACAAGCGAAAGAUCCGUUUGGCGGGUGGGCUGCUACGAUGGUUGAUGCGCUGGAUACCCUCUGGAUAAUGGAUCUCAAAGCGGAAUUCAACGAAGCUGCGAGUGCGGCUGCGGCGAUAGAUUGGGGAAACACACACGAGAAAGCAGUCAAUCUCUUCGAAACGACAAUUCGACAUCUCGGCGGUCUUCUAAGCUCAUAUGAACUAAGUCGCGAACCAGCAUUAUUGCAAAAAGCCACAGAACUCGGAGAAAUGCUAUAUAUCGCCUUUGACACACCGAAUCGACUUCCGGGGUUCUGGCUUAAUUUCGACGAUGCGUUAAAGGGAAAACAAGUCGCUGGUAUUCACGACCCAUCAGCUUCACCGAGUUCGUUGGUCAUGGAGUUUACCAAGCUCUCACAACUAACCAAAGAUCCCAAAUUCUACGACGCGACAGAUCGUGUAACGCGGUUUCUACUCAGGAUUCAGAAUAGCACUCUUUUGCCGGGAAUGUGGCCCAUGUGUCUUGACUUUCAGAACGAAGCUGUGCACGAUAAUACGUUCUCGCUUGGUGCGCUGGCAGAUUCUCUUUAUGAGUAUUUACCCAAGAUGCAUGCUUUGCUAGGUGGUUUGGACGAGAACUACGAAACCAUGUACCGCACGGCGGCGGAUGUUAUUAUAAAGCAUUUGCUCUACAGGCCUAUGCUGCCGAAACAAGAGGAUGUGCUGUUUUUAGGUGAUGCUAGGGUCGGUGCGAAGAUUGAGUUGAGCACAGAGAGUCAACAUCUUACCUGUUUCGCGGGAGGAAUGUUUGCACUAGGCGGAAAGCUCUUUGGAAUCGAACAACACGUCAAUAUCGGAGAAAGACUCGCAAGAGGAUGUGGUUGGGCGUACAGCGCUUUUCCGACCGGUAUAAUGCCCGAGAUCUUCGACUUGGUAGCCUGUCCGACCCUCGAGGCCUGCGAAUGGAACGAAACGCUCUGGAAGCCGCAAAACAACCAGAAACUCCCUCCUGGCUUCCGCCACGCGCGCGAUCCGCGAUAUAUCCUCCGACCGGAAGCUAUCGAGAGUGUGUUUAUCAUGUAUCGCCUCACAGCGGAUGCGAAGUGGCAGGAUAUGGCGUGGGAUAUGUUUCAGGCGAUUGUGAAGUAUACGAGCACUGAGCUUGCGAAUGCGGCUGUUGAUGACGUUACGAGUACUGAGACGUCGAGGACUGAUUCUAUGGAGAGUUUUUGGUUCUCGGAGACGCUGAAGUAUUUCUACUUGAUCUUCUCAGAGCCGGAUUUGAUCAGUUUGGAUGAGUUUGUGCUGAAUACGGAGGCGCAUCCUUUUAGAAGGCUUUUGAGUCGGGAUUAAGGAAUGGCGAGAUCAGGAUCCAGCAUUACUGUGAGUUUCAUCUUGCUGGUCGAGUUGGAACUGUGGGCGGUAGAUUGCAACGACCUUCGCGCUGAGUGGACCAGCGCAGCCCGUAUCAGACAGGGCAUGUCUUUCAUGGUUAUCUUAACGAAAUAUCAACACUGACGAUGACGUCUUGAAAGGAUACACUCGCUCUUUGAGGGUGUUUCGAUGUCGGGCCAUCUGUCCCUGUAACAUACCUACGUCCUAUGACCCAGUCCCUCUUCAAUUCGAAAGGACGAUAUGUAAAGAAGAGAUCAGCAUUAGGGUCGCCAUUUUUUUUUCCCUUUCUAGUGACUUUGAAAAUACCUUUGUGGUCGAGUCGUGAUGCUCUUGAACCAAGGUCACUUACUGGGCGAUGCUGGUGUUUCACC